AUUUUUCUCAUCGUAUAGUAUUGAUCUAGGAAAUUUUCGAAUUUGUUCAAUUUACAUCAUCUAAAAUUGCUGCAAUAUUUAUAGGACAUUGGUAGAUCGAUCCUGAUCAUUUUUGGAACUUCUUUGCUAUUUUAUGGCAAUCUUGAGAAGUGAUAGGCAUUUUUAGAGCGAGUCAGAGUGUUUAUGCUUGUUAAAACUGAAAAGAUCUGAAAUCUUUAUGCUUAAGCUACAAACUGCUAGAGCGCUAUUGCAAAAUUAAACAGAGAUUUAUAGGUGGGGGGAAAAAUCACUCGAAGCAAAUCACCUAGCAGUGUCAGCGGACCGGGCCGCUGACCCGACCGCGCGCCCCACCGGCCAGCCAGCCCGGGCCGGUUUAAACCCAUCUCGGCCACUACCCCCGCCGGCCGCCACCCUCCCAUGUCCUCCUCCCCCUCCGCCGCCAACCUGCUCGCGCUACUCCGCCGCAACGCCGCCUCCCCGGCCGUCGCGCUCCGCCUCUUCCUCCACCUCUCAUCCGCGGCCUCCCCUCCGCCGCCGCGCUCUACCUCAUUCCUUGCCCGCCUCCUCGCCGCGCAGCCCGCCGCCGACGCACUCCUCCCGCGCCUUCACCGCCACAUCAUCUCCUUCCCCGAUCCCUCCCCCCACCUCCUCGCCCUCCUCUCCUGCUCCGACGUCCUCCCGCUGCGCCUCGCCCUCCCGGCCUUCCGCUCCCUCCGCGCGCUCGAGUCCGCGCCGCCGCCGCCCACCCCUGUCUACAACCGCCUCAUCCUCUCCGCGCUCCGCGAGUCCCGCCUCGAUCUCGUCGAGGCGCUCUACAAGGACCUCCUCCUCGCCGGCGCCGAGCCGGACGUCUUCACUCGCAACCUCCUGCUCCAGGCGCUCUGUGACGCUGGCCGCAUGGAGCUUGCCCAGAGGGUGUUCGACGCAAUGCCCGCCAGGAACGAGUUCAGUUUUGGGAUCCUUGCGCGCGGGUACUGCCGUGCGGGGAGGAGCUUUGAUGCCCUUAAGGUACUUGACGGAAUGCCGAGCUUCAACCUUGUGGUCUGCAACACGGUGGUCGCAGGGUUCUGCCGGGAGGGCCAGGUGGAGGAGGCUGAGAAGCUGGUGGAGCGGAUGCGCGCCCAGGGCCUCGCACCGAAUGUUGUCACGUUCAAUGCAAGGAUCUCUGCCCUCUGCAAGGCCGGUAGGGUGCUGGACGCCUACAGGAUUUUCAAGGACAUGCAGGAGGAGUGGCAACAGGGGCUGCCGAGGCCUGAUCAGGUGACAUUUGACGUGAUGCUGAGCGGGUUCUGUGACGCUGGGUUUGUUGAUGAGGCGAGGGUGCUGGUGGAUAUUAUGAGGUGUGGUGGGUUCCUGAGAAGGGUUGAGAGUUACAACCGCUGGUUGGCAGGGUUGGUAAGGAAUGGGAGGAUUGGCGAGGCACAGGAGUUGCUGAGGGAGAUGGCACAUGAGGGUAUCCAGCCUAAUAGCUACACGUACAAUAUUAUUGUCUCUGGAUUGUGCAAGGAGGGCAAGGCGUUUGAUGUGAGCAGAGUAGAGGAUUUUAUUAGGAGUGGUGUGAUGACCCCAGAUGUUGUGACUUACACUAGUUUGCUCCAUGCUUAUUGCUCAAAGGGGAACACUGCAGCGGCCCACAGGGUUCUUGAUGAGAUGGCACAGAAGGGAUGUGCGCCAAAUUCAUUUACGUAUAAUGUUCUGCUGCAGAGUCUAUGGAGGGCAGGUAGGAUCACAGAGGCAGAAAGCUUGUUAGAGAGGAUGAGUGAGAAAGGCUACAGUUUGGAUACAGCAAGCUGCAAUAUCAUUAUUGAUGGACUAUGCAGAAACAGUAGAUUAAACGUGGCGAUGGACAUUGUUGAUGGGAUGUGGCAAGAAGGAAGCGCGGCUCUUGGCCGACUGGGGAAUUCAUUCCUUAGUGUAGUUAGUGAUUCUUCCAGCAGACAAAGAUGUCUUCCUGAUCGAAUCACUUAUUCUAUUCUGAUUAGUGCAUUGUGUAAAGAAGGGCGGUUUGAUGAAGCAAAGAAGAAAUUGCUUGAGAUGAUAGUGAAAGAUAUUUCCCCUGAUUCAGUUACAUACGACACCUUUAUUCAUGGGUAUUGUAAGCAUGGAAAAACCUCUUUGGCUAUUAAGGUUCUUAGGGACAUGGAAAAGAAAGGUUGUAUUCCAAGCACAAGGACAUACAAUUUAUUGAUUCGGGGAUUUGAAGAAAAACACAAAUCAGAUGAAAUCAUUAAAUUGAUGAGUGAAAUGAAGGAUAAGGGGAUCCCUCCUAAUGUGAUGACCUACAAUAGCUUGAUUAAGUCAUUUUGUGAACGAGGAAUGGUUAAUAAGGCCAUGCCUCUUUUGGAUGAGAUGCUACAGAAUGAAAUAGUUCCAAAUAUAACUUCUUUUGACUUGUUGAUUAAGGGCUUUUGCAAGAUGGCAAAUUUUUCUUCAGCUCAGAUGGUUUUUGAUGCUGCUUUGAGAACAUGUGGGCAGAAGGAAAGGCUCUUUUGCUUAAUGUGCACUGAAGUCUCAACUUAUGGUAGAUGGAUAGAAGCCAAGAAUAUCCUAGAAACAGCACUUGAAAUGAGGAUCUCUAUCCAGAGUUUCCCAUAUAAACGGAUAAUUGCUGGGCUCUGUGAAGCUGGGGAGGUGGAUCAUGCACAUAGCCUUCUCAAGAAGUUAAUAGCUAAAGGAUAUACAUUUGAUCCAGCGGCAUUCAUGGCAGUGAUAGAUGCACUAAGUAAUAAAGGAAAGAAGCAGGAUGCUGAUAUGCUGUCAGAGAAAAUGAUGGAAAUGGCAGAAUUUAAUGAUGAUCUUCCAAAUCAUUCUGGUAAGAUUAUCCUUGGAAGCCGAAGGCAUGAGCAUGCCAAGAGUGGUCAAAGUGAUUGGCGUGCUCUUUUGCACAGAGAUGACAGUGCCCGCACAAUUAUGAAAAUUACGAAGAGAGUGCGGACAGGAUGGGGUCAAAGGGGCAAUGUAUAUGAGCACAAACAGCAACAGAAUGAUGAGUUUUAUGUACUAGAGAACACUGGUUAAUUGGUCCCAACUCCCAAUUGAUUGGUUGGACACAACUUCACCGGUUUCACGAGCAGAGCAAAUCCAAGCAGAACGCCACCAUCAUCCAAUCUAGGAAGAGCAGCAGCGGGCUCCAUUGUGCAUGAAGGCAGUGGGGUAGGGCAGCUACCACAGCUUGAGCUGCGGGUCACUGGCCAGCAUGUCCAGGUGGAUGUCCAAUCGAUGCUCUAUGAAGUGGAGAACCUUGUUGACGGACAACAGCUGGCCGCCGAGCUCGCCGGUGUGGGCCCCGAGUACGGUGUUCUCCUGCUCCACGCUCGUACUAGCUAGGACGCAAUGUCUUGGCGGCGCAGACAACCAGGCUGCCAUGCCAUGGAUGUUCUUCUUCACCACGCAUGCUUGUUUCUGUUAUUUGGGGAUGGCAGGGGCAAUUUUGGCAUUUGGAUGGUUGGCUGAGGGUGGAAGCAACGCCCGUGGCACUGAAAGGAUUACAGUUUAAAACUAAUGGCAUAUACGGGAAUUAUGUUUUCUAGGUGGUAAAUCAAGGAUUAGGUUUUAUGCCAAUGGCACAUAAGGAAUUUUCCUAUUUACUACUGAAUACUGGUUCAGCCCCACUUUAGAAGGGAAAACUAUAUUUCUGAAGGUCUACAUAACUUUUUAGCAUGUUGGCUUAUGCAUUUGAAAAGAUAGUAAUUAGAUUGUACUAUAAGUGUGACAUUCAGACAUAAUACUAUGGAGUGUAACUCCUAUGAUGAGUUUUCUUUCUUGCUGAAUGUUUCACUUCUUUCAGUGUUGCGCGGUGUUCCAAGCUUUCAGAUUUCCUUUGAUUUGGUGGUAGGCUAUAUGUAAAUUAGUUUUUACUGGUUUAGGCCUGAUUGCUAUUGAUUAGACAUCAAAUCUUUGAGUUAUCCUGACAUGUAAAUUGUUGUCAUUUCACGAUUUAUGGUAACUUCCAUUUGUACAGCCUAAAUUUAUUGC